UUUUUCGACGGUGAAUGAACAACUCGCUUAGCCCAUUGGAGGGGAUAGUCAGAAAGAGAGUAAAAAAUGUUUCUCAUGCAUUCUGAUUUCUUGGUUAAUCUGAUUCAUAUGUGUUUUAAACCGUUUCUCUCAUUGAUUCGGGAGGUACAGUAACACGUUUUCAGGCUCAAACUCGUUUCAACUCGUUUCAACUUGUUUAAUAUGUCGCUAUGAAAUUUCAAAUCACUAUUUAUAUGAGCAGUAUGCUCGAGAUUAGAUGCUGUGUCUGUAUGAUAUAAAGAGAAAGAUUAACCUAUGCUUUUAUGAUUAAUUAAUGCUGAACUGUUAUCACAUUUUACAUUUAUACAGUUUUGAAAUGUUUGAUUAAUAUUGAUCUAAGCUGUAUUUUCAUUAUAUAUAAUAAUAUAAUAUAUCAACAUUUAAUCAGACAUCUUGAUUUCUAUUUCAACUGGAGCUCAUCUACCUGUCCUGUCCGGUUAAAGAAAGGGCAUGUUGACUGGGGAGGCAGAUGUUGGAUGAUAAUUUGGUUUACCACACCAGUCUGACAUCCCAUGUGUCAUGAUGCAGAGUGUGGCCAGAUGGUGUCAUUGACUCCUGCAAGAAUAGGGAAGGUUACCCAGUGUGAUCUGUUUCCAUACAUUAAAUCACAUCUCACUUUAAUAAACCUUUAGCCUACUAUUAUUAUUAUUAGCUUUUGGCAGUUUAGCACAUAUACAGCUAUUUCUAGCUGUAAAAUUAAAAACAACCAAAUCAAGAAAUUAGAUAAUUAGGUUGUUUAGUUACAAAAUAGGCAGCAGUAUUGGGAAUAAUAUUAUUUUUUGGUUAUGUAAAUGUGAAAGCCUAUAAUUAAACAUUUAUUUUCCUGGUUGUAGAAGAGUACAGAGAGGUUUAUAACACAAUUAAUGUACUUACUGUACAUUUAAAUAUAAAUGUAUUGCAAGCUAUUUAAGGACAUAAUGAGAGUGGUUAUAGUGUCACUCAGUCCAACACCAUAAAAAGUGUGGACAACAUACUCAGACGCAUUAUCAAUAAAAACUCUACAUUAGUAUGCUAUGUAUGAUUAUAUCUCUGUUGUGAAAUGGUUAAAGUCAAAAGGUGAAGGUCUACGGCGCAGCAAACCAAAAUGGCUUCUUUUAUGGACAACUGAAGCCCAGGGCAACCGAGCUGAUGCUUUUGAAGAUACACCAACUAAGAGCAUGUGUGUGAGCCCCCUGAAUUAUUUGCAUCCCCAGUUCUAACCAGUUAGGCUCCAAAAUCGCAUAAUAUUAUAUAAAAUAUUUGUAUAUACAGAGAAAGUCCUUAUUAUUAAUUCAGUGGUUUGCCUCUUGACUGUGAAAACAAUGUUUGAAGCUCUUCCAUUGUUAUUGUAUCAUUAGCAUAAACACUUUCUACGAUGCGAAAUAAAAUGGAUGAGCCACACACUUCAUGUUGUCUUUCAGCCUGCUGUAAUUGUAACUAUUGAAAUGAUUUGAAUAAUGCAUUGAACUGAAAAUGUUUUAUUGCAUUUUUCUUAAUCAUGUCGGAAAAUCUUAUGAGCCUUUGUGUGUUGUUGUUUGGCAUGUGUGAAGAACACAGGGACUUAGACUUAAAGAGACAUUCUCAGCUAAGGAGGAGGAGUGAGCUGUGAGGCGUUUCCAGAUGAUUCAAUGAGCCCAAGUGUUAUGUGGGGGGCAAGAAACAGUGUCAAUGUCAUCCUCAGCUGUAAAUAUGCUAUUUAGAGAAAAGAGGCAAUGUGCAAUCUGUGAGUGGAAGAUAUUUAAACAUAUUUUAUAGAUCAGAUCGAUGCCUUUGUAACUAUCCAAUCAAAUAAGGUCCGCUGUUGUCCUCCUGGUAGAUAUUAGUGGACACUGUAACAAACCUGCAGUCGGAGGUGGUGGAGGCGGAUAAGAGAUUGUGCAGUGUUGAAAUCCAGCAGUUUGAGUGCAAUGUUCUUUCACCUUUAUCAUGGGGGUGGAAAUUUGGAGCGAGUACAGAAAAACUGUGUUUUUAUUUCGAUCCAUGUAACAGGAACGUGAAUGUCAGUGUGUAAGCUUGCAGUGAUAAACAGUAUAAACAGUGUGAAUAGGGAUUUCUCAGCAUUAACUUUGAGUAAUUUCAAUUUAAAUAUCCAUAAAUCCUCACCAGAUGCCAUAUGCAGCAUCAAGCAGGUGUAAGCAAUGUUGUGGUUUAUAGUCUGUCAAUCAUUGUGUAAGUAAUAACUGUCUGCCUCAUGGGCAUAUACAGUGUCCUUUGGCAACUGGAUCAUAAUAAAGUAGCUGAAACAUCCAGAUCCAAUAGUAAUGACAAAAUAUCCCACACAGCAUGUGCCAGACUUUUCAUAUGCUGUAAAUGGAUUGAUCAAAUGUACCUAAACGACCUUGUAUGCUGUUUCCCUGCCCCUGUGCCUUUAAGCAGGGGUUUAGUUGUUGUAUAUCAAUUACCUACAUCGGAGGAGUAUUAAGCAACCGCAGCAGCAGGAUCUAUUUUUGAAAUGUAGGAGACAGUUUUAUGAAGACCUGACUGUUGAAGCGGCAGCUGACUGACCUUGAAGGUUCAUCAGUAUGUAGUUUUUCACUUGUAAUCACAGGGGGCUUUCAAAGCAGGGACUGAAGGAGAAUAUUUUUUUUCUGCAUGACUACCUACACUGAGACAUCCCCCCUUGGGUUCCUGUUUGAUGAGCGAAUAGCAGGCUGGUAUGAGAUAAAUGUCACUUUCCUCUAACAGUGUGAGUUGGUAAUUUAUGAGUUAUUUAUUUAUCUGUCCCUGCUUUUCUGAAUGCAUGAGCAUGAGUGUAUAUAUACAUGAACGGAUUACAAGCUCCUAGUAAGAGUCCAGAUCAUGCAGUGUAGUUAGUAGUCUUCCUCGUUCUCUCCUUCGGCAAGCACCGAUUUACUUUGUUAAGGUGUGACCUCAUCAUCCUGGCUCAAUGAAAACCCCCCUCCCCUCCCCCUGCAGGAGCAGGCAGCCCUGAUAUCACACAAGCAUACAUAGUCACACAGGGACACACAGGACAGUAGCAGAGGCAGGGCUUGGAAGAUUUUCUCAUUUAAUUUCCAGGGUAUCUGUGUCUGUCUCUCACUGUGUGUGUGCACAGGGGAGACGAGCAGAGAGAGGGAAAGAGAGGAGGCGAAGCAGAGGAGGCGAAGGGGAGGGUGUGUGGAUCAUGCAUGUGCAUUAAGUCAGCUCCAGCGGCGCAGCAGCAGCAGCAGCAGCAAACAGAAACAGCAGCAGCACAGGAGGAAGGAGAGAGAGAGAAAGACAGAGAGGGAGAGUUGGAGGGAGGGUAGUAGUCGCAGGCACAGGAACAAAAGCUGCAGAGGACUGCUUUCCAUCUCCAAUACAAGAACAACGGAGGAGUAAUAGAAGGAGGAGGGGGCGGUCAUGAUAGUAGUGAGACAAUAAUGUAAGAGAAGAGGCACGUUUUAGUCAGAGAGGACUGCAACCAGGGCUCUUCUCCUCUCUGCUCUCCAUGUUUUUGGGGACUCAUCGUACCAUUGCCUUCAUCUCCAAACCCAGAGGAGGAUGUCUGUGUCGGGGAAGAAGGAAUUUGACGUGAAGCAGAUCCUCAGGCUUCGCUGGCGCUGGUUCAGCCAUUCAUCCCAAGGUUCGGCUGGCAGUGGAGGUGGUGGCGUCGGCGGGGUGGGAGGCUACAUCCAACAGGAUGGCCUGGACCACAGAGGGACGCCCACCCAGGGUCGGCUGAAGAGUCACUCACGGGACAGAGGUGUUGGAGGACUACGAAAGACUAGCAGCCCGGCCCACAGCAUCUUGGCACCAACGCCAGGGCCCACGCCUGUCUAUGUCAGAGCGGGGCAACAAACAUGGCACCAACAGAACACUAUCCAGGGUCUCCAGGUCAACGAGGAGACCAUAAAGAGCAGCUCCUCACCCAACGCCACAAGGAAAGAGGACCCCAACACUGGCCAGGAAAAUGUGAAGAGCAGCACAGAGGAACCUGCAGAGGUGGAGGCCAGAGAGAGGUUGGUUCUGAGCACCUUCUCCAGAAUGAACACCAACUCCUCGGAUGAGUUUUUCCAGGCCACCAACCACGCAGAGCAGACGUUCCGGAAGAUGGAGACGUACCUGCAGCACAAGCAGCUGUGUGAUGUCCUCUUGAUAGCGGGGGAUCACAAGAUACCGGCUCACAGAUUGGUCCUGAGUGCUGUGUCGGACUAUUUCGCAGCCAUGUUCACCAGCGACGUGAGAGAGGCCAAGCAGGAGGAGAUCAAGAUGGAGGGAGUGGAUCCGGAGGCGCUCAGAUCUCUGGUUCAUUUCGCCUACACUGGUGUCCUUGAGCUGAAAGAGGAGACCAUUGAGAGUUUAUUGGCGGCAGCUUGUCUCCUCCAGCUUCCUCAAGUCAUCCAGGUCUGCUGUAACUUUCUGAUGAAACAGCUUCAUCCCUCCAAUUGCCUGGGAAUACGCUCAUUCGCAGACGCCCAGGGCUGCGUGGACCUGCUCAAUGUGGCUCAUCACUACACCAUGGAACACUUCCUGGAGGUCAUUCAGAACCAAGAGUUCCUGCUGCUCCCCACGGCUGAGAUUGUUAAGCUGCUCUCCAGCGAUGACAUCAACGUCCCCGACGAGGAGACCAUCUUCCAGGCUUUGAUGAUGUGGGUGCGAUACGAUGUGCAGCAUCGACAGAAGGACCUCGGCGUCCUGCUCGCCUACAUCCGCCUGCCUCUUCUUCCUCCACAGCUCCUUGCAGAUCUAGAAAACAACAAGAUGUUCUCUGAUGACCUGGAAUGCCAAAAGCUGCUGAUGGAGGCCAUGAAGUACCAUCUCCUGCCCGAGCGACGACCCAUGUUUCAGAGCCCCAGAACCAAACCUAGGAAGUCCACUGUGGGAGCACUUUACGCUGUGGGAGGGAUGGAUGCCACCAAAGGUUCGACCACCAUAGAAAAGUACGACCUGCGGACAAACACUUGGGUCCAGGUUGGAGUGAUGAACGGACGGCGGCUGCAGUUUGGCGUGGCGGUGAUAGACGACAAGCUGUAUGUGGUCGGAGGGAGGGACGGACUCAAGACGUCCAACAUGGUGGAGUGCUACAAUCCGAUCAAUAAAGUGUGGUCCACCAUGCCGCCCAUGUCAACACACAGACAUGGACUAGGCAUCGCCGUGCUGGAGGGCCCCAUGUACGCUGUCGGCGGCCAUGACGGCUGGAGCUAUCUCAACACUGUGGAACGCUGGGACCCUCAGGCCAGACAGUGGAACUACGUGGCCAGUAUGUCGACACCACGGAGCACCAUGGGAGUCACAGCACUCAAUGGAAAAUUGUUUGCAGUCGGCGGUCGAGACGGCAGCUCGUGCCUGAGGUCGAUGGAGUGCUUCGAUCCGCACACCAACAAGUGGAGCAUGUGUGCGCCCAUGGCCAAGAGGCGAGGAGGCGUGGGUGUGGCGACAUACAACAACUUCCUGUAUGCUGUAGGCGGACACGAUGCCCCGGCCUCCAACCACUGUUCUAGACUCUCCGAUUGUGUUGAGAGGUAUGACCCAAAGACGGACAUGUGGACGACUGUGUCCUCCCUCAGCAUUCCCCGCGAUGCCGUGGGUGUGUGCCUGCUGGGGGACAGGCUGUAUGCUGUGGGGGGGUAUGACGGCCAAUCGUAUCUGAACACUGUUGAAUCCUAUGAUGCACAGAACAACGAGUGGACUGAGGAGGUUCCUCUGAACGUCGGCAGGGCGGGCACCUGUGUGGUAGUGGUGAAAUUGCCUUGAGUGGUUGGUCUCAUGGCAGCGCGGGAAAACAAGUGAGAGAGAGCGGCAAAGAAAAAGUGGACAAACAAAACAACGGAUCAAGGACACCUCCUUCGAGAGUCGUGUUUUCAUCAUUAUUUUCUCUUUUUUGCUCAAAAUCCAUGAUUUUUCAGACAGAAACACAGACUGAGCCUUCACCCAUUGUUUCUAUCAUUAGUGGACAUGUCUGCCCACUGGGGAGGAGCUGUUAGGAAACUCGGCUCCGCUCUGCACAUUCUCCACAUUCUCAACCGAUCAAGAAUUUCAUAGACUUGGCGAAGCUGCAGCGAACUAGUGCCAAACCUUUGUUGUUGCUGGUUUGUUGCGCUAGUUUUAUGGAAAGUUCUGCGUGUGUCUGUAAGAUAAACUGUAAAAAAGUUGCAUUUUGAGUAAAUGGGCCGAACUCCAGGUUGCGUUUACAUUUAUACACCAACAUUUCCUCUCAGUGCCAUCACAUGCAGUAUAUUUUUGGGGUUUAUAUUUCCCUUUGUAGCCACUCUGAUAAAAAAAAAAAAAAAAAGUUAGAAAUGUAAUGUACCAGUGUCUUUCCUUAGUGGGUGGUCCAAACAGAUGAGCGAUGAAGAACCACUGUGACAACUGAGGCUGAUGACUUACGGGAAUGAAAUCAAACUUUUUGCUGAACAAUAAUGAUAUAUUUGGACAUUUUCUUUCUUUUUUAUUGAGCCUGUAGCUGCAGAACACCAAAGUCAUUUGCUUGUCUUAGAAGAGGUUUUGUUGCGCAUUAAAUAAAAGUUUACGAAAUUGUGAAUUACAGAGAAUAUAUCAUAUUGAUAUUUCACAUUGCUGUGUAAUGUUUUUGUGGUCCUACAUUUGUUGUUGAUGGAAUCUCGCCUAAACCAGAGCACUGGUUACUACACUUGUUGUUAAUCUGUCGGCUUCAUUCCUGGGCAUGCGGGGUGAGCUAAUGUUUUUGUUUGAUUUUUACAGUAUUACACAUCAAGAUCAUUGUCUCUUCUGUAUUGUAGGAGCCUCAAUGCCUUCUUGAUCAUCACAUACACGGCUCAGAUGUUGGACGAACCCUGAAGACACAUCAAACUGUGGCUCAGUGUCACCGGGUGCAUCCAGUGCUGUUUAAUGUUUUAUUUUUUGGGGUGCAGCACUUGAAAACCAGACGCUCACGGCACUUCUCUAACGUGACUCGGAUAAGACUUUUUAGGAUUUGUAGUCAAGCCGCUCAUAAAAGUAAAGAUUACUGACCUGCUCACGAUGAGAUCUAUUUGUAAUUGUAAUUAUAACAUGUUUUUCGGGGCCAAAUGUUACUUUUUAUGUUUUUAUCAUAAUUUUGUACAGCAUGCCAAACCUAUAAAUAAAAGGACUUCAGUCUC